AUGUCCCACUAUUUGCCUGAUUGCUUGAUACUCGAUAUCCUUUGCAGGCUGCCAGUUGAAAGCCUUUUACGAUUCACCUGUGUAUCAAAGCAAUGGUGUUCACUGAUUUCUUCUCCUGAUUUCAACUCCCUAUACACCACUGUUAAUGCUACAACUCCCCUUCUAGUCCUCCAUCACUUCUCAGUCAAACCAAAGAAACAACAACAUUACUCUGUCUACAAUGAUCCUGAUUCAAAAACCGAAAACCUGACUCUCAUCAAACAACUCAAGUUUCCCUUCAGGUCUAGCUCUGGAAAAGACUUUAGAGUUGUGGGGUUCUGUAACGGCCUGUUUUGCCUUGCUGAUGAUCUUUAUGGGGAUAUAGAUCCUAUCAUUCUCUGGAAUCCCGCUAUUCGCAGAAGCAUCUCCCUUCCUAGUAGGCCUAGGCCUACGUUUCGUUGUGGUCCACUCAGGGUUUUCCUUGGAUUUGGAUUUGAUCACAAAACUUGUGACUUUAAAGUGGUCAGGAUAGCCUAUAUACGAGGAGCUAAUGGUGUUUAUAUGGUGCCUCCAGAAGUUGAGGUCUUUAAAUUGAGUACUGGUUUAUGGAAAACAGUUAACUCAAAGAACAUCAAUGGUAAACUGGAUUUCCUUUAUUCGAGUAUUUACUUAAAUAGUGCUAUCCAUUGGGUUUUCCAUUGUAAGAAUGAAGGUGGGAAAAUAACUAAUAGCUUGUUGGUUUUUGGCCUAAGUGCUGAGACAUUUAGUGAAAUGAGUUUGCCGCAAGAGCUAGCUCAUGUUUGUUUUUUGUCUCUUACUUUGUGUGGGGAAAGGAUUUCUGUGAUUUCGUAUGAAGAAAGUCGCAAUCAUGCUCCAUCAUGUGAUACUUGUGUUGUCUGGGUGAUGAACCAGUACGGUAAACCAGAGUCAUGGAUGAAGGAAUUUAUUGUGGAUUUGAGGGGUGAGAUCACAAAAGCCAUUGGUUUUGUAAGAAAUGGGAAAUUUCUGGCAGUGGAGUAUCCUGGGAAUGUUUUAUCAUAUGAUCCAGAUAGUAGGGAAUUGAAGGAUCUUGAUAUCCAUGGUAUGUAUCAUUCGUUCUUCUUGAGAAAAUAUGUUGAGAGUUUAAUGUUGCUUGAUGGAAAUAGUGGAGCUAUGACUGAUUUUGAACUGAAUUACGAGCUGAACGGUGGAGUCAUUCCAUAUCUUAUGGACACUGUUGCGGAUUUUUUUGGGCUUAGAGGAUGAACCAAUUUGGAAGAGGAAAUAUUAUGUUUUCACUAUUUAUUUCAUCCAGUCUUUGCAUUAUGCACUUUAAUCACUUAAUUCUAACUUUUAGUAGUUGGUAGAAAGAUAGUUGGCAAGAAGUUUAUUGAGUUGUUACAGCUGAACCUUUAUAGUGUUCAUACUAAUGAUGAUUUGAAAGCAUCUAUGAAAUUUUUUGCCCGAUUCUCUCUCAUUUAGCUUUCCAGUGUUUCAUUGAUGUUAUCGUUGAAUUGUUGGUGUUGGAGUACCCUUUUCAGCAGAUAGCAGUCCAUGCUAUUAUACUUUGUUAUCCACUGCGUUGUCUUUAUGAAAGCUUAU